AUGGAUCUAGACGAAUAUCUACGCGCGCCUCUGUUCGCAAAGAAGCAAGAAGAAAGACAAAAACGAAUCCACCAAUGGUUUUACUGUUUGGCUAAUGCGAUAGAGUUUAUUCAUGGUAUUGGCAUACGACAUCGGGACAUCAAACCAAAAAACAUCUUAGUCCAUGGUGAUAAGAUACUACUGGCAGACUUUGGAAUAUCAAGCAUGGGCUUGCUUGCCGCACUGUCUACAGCUAUACCACAGCUGGCCCGAUCAAAAUCGCCGACACAUUGCGCACCAGAGGUAGAAGAAGGGAGCAGUCGAGGCAGAUCAGCAGACAUCCUUGCUUUAGGAGCUGUCUUUCUCGAUAUGAUUGCUGCCUAA